AUGGUUGCCCCUACCGUCAAGCUUAACAACGGCUUUGAGAUGCCCCUUGUGGGCUUCGGCCUCUGGAAGGUCAACAACGACACUUGUGCCGACCAGAUCUACAACGCCAUCAAGGCCGGUUACCGUCUGUUCGAUGGUGCCUGCGAUUACGGCAACGAAGUCGAGGCUGGCCAGGGUGUCGCCCGCGCCAUUAAGGACGGUCUCGUCAAGCGCGAGGAGCUCUUCAUCGUCUCCAAGCUCUGGAACAGCUUCCACGAGGCCGACAAGGUCGAGCCCAUUGCCCGCAAGCAGCUCGCCGACUGGGGCGUCGACUACUUCGAUCUGUACAUCGUGCACUUCCCCAUUGCCCUGAACUGGACCACCGCCGAGGGCAAGAUCGAGCUCGCCAACGCUCCCAUCCACGAGACCUGGGGCGCCAUGGAGACCCUCGUCGACAAGAAGCUCGCUCGCAGCAUCGGUGUCAGCAACUUCAGCGCCCAGCUGCUGAUGGAUCUGCUCCGCUACGCCCGCAUCCGCCCCGCCACCCUCCAGAUCGAGCACCACCCCUACCUCACCCAAACCCGUCUCGUCAACUACGCCCAAGAGCAGGGCAUCACCGUUACUGCUUACUCUUCCUUCGGUCCUCUCAGCUUCCUCGAGCUUGACCUCAAGCACGCCCAGGAUACCCCCUUGCUCUUCGAGCACGCUACUAUCACCAGCAUUGCUGAGAAGCAUGGCCGUACCCCCGCUCAGGUCCUCCUGCGCUGGUCUACUCAGCGUAACAUCGCUGUUAUUCCCAAGAGCAACAACCCUACUCGUCUUGCUCAGAACUUGACUGUCACUGACUUCGACCUUGAGACCUCCGAGCUUGAGGCUAUCAGUGCUCUGGACAAGGGUCUUCGUUUCAACGACCCCAUUGCUUACGGCCUUGGAAUCCCCAUCUUCUAA